AGAACUACCCAGGAAGUCCUGAGAUGGGGCCUGGGGCGAGGGCGCGGGUCGGCGGCCCUGCCUUUCCUCCGAAAAAGCCUAGGCUUUAGGACACCGGAACCGAAUGACACCUCCCCCCCCCCUCCCGGUACCUUAGAACAGGUGGCCAGCUUCACCGAAGUCCAUAGGAGCUGCUGCAGUAAAGUCAUCCAUGCUCCUCUCCACUGUAUCCUGUAUGGUGAUGUUACAAACUGACAGGCAAGACAGAUGCAAAACUGUGUAGCCCAUCCUACUGUCCCUCUGAAACUUGGUACCACAACUUACACCAGCUUUUUGAAUUAGAUUCAGACCAUCUUGAUUUGAUUCAUUAUUUGCUUUGGCUAAAGACUGACUAGUGCAAUCCAUUAGCCCCUUUUGAUGAUUUUGCUGUACUGGACCUACAAUCUGUCCUGCAGUUGCUUGGCAUGAGAACAGGUUGGGACACAGAGAAGGAAAGAGAAUGACGGAGCGAAGUGGUUUAGGUGGACAAUCUUCUACGCACGCGCACGUUACAACGGUACGUUGUAGUCGUCAAGAAGAGACGGUAGCCAUGGAGUCUUCGUCGAGUGCGGAAGAAGGCCGAGGCAGUUGUUUUAGUAACGAAGGAACUGCAGAGCCUAGGAUUGAAGACAUGAUCAGCAGAAUUAAUGAACUACAGCAAGCUAAGAAAAUUGCAAAUAAGGAGCUCUGUGAGACCCAGGCCCACAGGCAAUCCUUGCAGAAACAACUUGAUGAAUUGAGCUUGGAGGAGACACAGCUGAAGGAAAUCUUGAGCAAGAAGCAAGAAACUCUGAGGAUGCUUCAUCUGCAGUGCCAGGAGAAAGAAACUGAGGCCCUAAGAAAGCAGGCAGUGUCUGAGGGAUGCAAGAAGAGGAUAAAUGAGCUGAGUUCCAAAAUCCAGGAAGAAAAACUGAAGAAAAGAAAUCAAAGAAUGGAGUUUGGCCAGCAACUAGAGGAAAUGGUGGAGAAGCAUAAGACCCUCUGGGAAUUCCAUAAGGUAGACAAACUGUCCCAGGAAAUGAGCAACAUCAACAACAACAAAGAACAGCUUCUGAUGGAGGAAAGGCUAACUCUGAAGAAGCUUGAGAGCAUCCAGAAGCAGCUGGACAGACUGACCCCACCUGAGGCCAAGACUGAAGCUGUGGCUGUCACCAGCAUAGAUGCCUUCCUGUGCAGUGAGGAGGCUGCUGCAGCUGUGCAACUGUUUGAAGAAGAAAACAAGAAAGCCACAGAAUUCCUGGAAGCAGCUUCCCUACGCUAUCACCAGCUACAGCAGAAAUACCAAAGGCUGAAGAGGGAGCUAGAAGCUGUUGGCCACUGUGCUAUCGGAGGAUCCAAGGAGAGAAGCCCAGAGGAAGCUGCUGAAGGGGAAGGUGGUAUUGCUACCAAUGUGGGUGAGAGAGAGACUGUCAUGGAGAUUCCUAGGAUGCAGAAGAAAGAUCAAGAAUUCAGGCCUGGUCCUGGUGAACACCCAAGCUCACUAGGUCCGUCCUCAUCUUAGAGGGGCCCAGGGAGUUUGGCCACCUGUCGCAUAAGUGAGGUGAAGCUUUGUUUGCACCAAUUUGGAGAAACAUAAGUGUGGAACUUGGGCCAUAAAGCCUGACCCUUGAGAUGUCUACUUGAAUAAAAAAUUUCUCAUUCUCUACUUUUGGAUCUGGCUGUGCUUCUGUCCUUAUUCUAAGGUUUUAGCCCAUCAAUCAAUCAAGCAUCUAAUAGCACCUAGUGCCAGGCACUGGGUUAGGUGUUAGGGAUAAAAAGAAGUUAAAUAGUUCCUGUUCUCUUGAAGUCUGUUAGGCAGAGAAGACAACAUG